GUUUGCAGGACAACCCAUGGUUCUGUGACUGUCGCAUUUCAAAGCUGAUCGAAUUUUCCAAGAUUGUGGACAACUCAGUUGUGCUUCUUGAUCCGUUGGUUUCGUGUAGUGGACCUGAGAGCCUGGCAGGAAUCUUGUUCCAGAGAGCUGAGUUAGAGCAGUGUCUCAAGCCAUCCGUGAUGACGUCGGCAACAAAAAUCACUUCCCCGCUGGGAAGCAACGUUCUGCUACGCUGCGAUGCGACUGGGUACCCAACACCACAGCUUACUUGGGCUAGGUCAGACAAUAUUCCAGUGAACUAUACAGUAAUUCAAGAAACACCUGGAGAGGGUGUCCGAUGGUCCAUAAUAAGCCUGACAGGGAUUUCCUACAAGGAUGCGGGAGUCGCGGUGGUGGGUGUCGUUACUACAACCCUGUCACCGCAGAAGUAUAGGAGGAAGCAAGAGGCGGAGAGGCAGAACACCACUCGGGAGGGAUCCAGGCAGGAACCGGAGAGGACAACCACGCCUCUUCCCACCACCCCGACCACCACGGCGCUGCUUAGCACCGAGCGGUCAACGACCGUCAGGUUUGCUGACAAGAAGCAAUCCAGGCCCGUGUUCGAUGGAAAGAAAAAUCCAAAGGCAGUGGCAAAUGGAAACAAAAAGCAAACUGGGGAGGUAAGCAGGAAGGGGGAGGAGACCUCGCUGAAUACUGCCAGCAUGGCCGAGCAGAAUGUUACUGUGAAGAACCUGAGAGUGAUCACUGAAACUGAGGAAAGAGGGACCUUAACUUGGAAAACCGUCAACGCCACGAGCAACUCUGCGGUGACCGUGUUAUACUCCAAGUAUGGCGACAAAGAGAUGUUGCCUCUGAGCACUGAUUCGAGCAAAAACAAAGUCACCAUCGAUGGUUUGCAACCUAGUACUCAAUACAUGGCGUGCGUCUCGCCCAAAGGAGUGCCACCUAGCAAAGAGCAGUGCAUUGUUUUCUCCACCGACAGGUUAAGUGAGGAAAGCAGCUCUCAGUUCUCUAUUCUGAUCUGGGCUAGCAGUGCAGCGUGUGUGGUUGUUCUGCCUUUGAUAUUUUUCUUACUCUACAAAGUUUUAAAACUUCACGUGAAACCGAAAACUGCGAAGGAAGCUGACCUUGCAAAAGAGACCUAUGUGAAGUUUGAAACGCUCUCUCUGAAGCCUCGAACAGUGAAUGCAGGAGAGCAGCUCUGGGCACGAAGGUACACGGGCGAGUCGGAAAGACUUCUCCUUUGUUCCAGGUCCAGCAUGGAUUCCCAAAUGACCUUCAAAAGCGAGGGCUCUAGGUCUGAGUAUCUGUGUUGA